UUUUGAAGUUUCUGCAGUAGCUAGUCAUUUAAAGAAGUGGAUCUUUUUACUCCUGCAGUUUGAGUCGUAAUGUGUGAAAAGCUAAAGGAGGUCAACACGUGGCUCAGCACAGUUUUUGGGGAUCAGCCUGUGCCACAGUUUGAAGUUACCACCAGGACCGUGGACAUUCUGUACCAGCUGGCGCAGUGCAGCGGCGCCCGGUGCAGCAACACGGCCCUGCUCACAGACGACCUCAAACAGAAAGCGUCAGAGUAUCAGGCUGACGGUGGUCAUCUGCAGGAUGUUCUUCUUCAAGGAGUUGGUCUGUCAUAUGCAAGCUUGCCAAAGCCUACAGCUGACCAUUUCAAUGCUUUAGUGGCGAGUGCGAUGGUACUUGGGGUCAGAGACACCUCACUGUGCAGCUUUAUUCCAGCAGUAAAUAACCUGACCAAUGAAGUUCUGGAAGCAGAGAAGACAUGCAGGACACUUGACAGAGAGCUGCGAACCCUUAGGAAGAGACUUGGUGCCACGCUGAUGCUCCGGGGAAGCUUACAAGAGGAUAUCAGCAAAACUGUUAAAGUUCAGGAAGUGGAAAGUGCUAAAAUGGAGGAGAGGCUGCUUAAUAUGGAUUUUGUGAAGGCCAAAUCUAAAGAGCUCAAUCAGCGAAGAGAGAGAGCAGAGGAUCAGCUUUUAUCCCGGAGCAUGGACAAGUCUCUGACUCACCAGGCCAUUGUACAGCUCUCUGGGGAAGUCGCUGCACUCAAGCAAGAAAUAAUUCCUCUGAAAAAGAAACUGGAGCCAUACUUGGAUUUAAGCCCAAGCCCGUCUCUUGCUCAAGUUAAAAUAGAAGAGGCAAAAAGAGAGCUGAGCUGCCCAUGUUUAGAAGACUCCCAUACAAGUACAUUACUAAUGUUCACUUUUAUGCCAUAAAUAACUAAUGGAGGGGGAUUUGUUUUAUGACGUAGUAAGACUAGUGUACAGUCAGUUUUAUCAAACACAGAAAUAAACACAUGGAUUGAUAAAUUGUUCUACUGUGCAGUGCACAGCUGGAGCAAACGUUCACAUCAUGCCCGUGUGGUCUGUCUAGCCACCUUAUUGCUGAGGGCGCUGCUGUAGAAGCGAUUGAGUGCAACUUCCUGUUAGACACUGGAAGUAGCAGUGAGUCAUUGUUUUCUAGCGGGUUUCGUAACAAAAUAAGAUUUGUAAAAUAAAAGCACUUACCAAGUCAGCUGGAUGUCUUCUAUUUUCAAAUUUAAAAAAUAAAUAAAUAAAAAACGAUUAUUGACCAAGCAAGUGAGGUUAAUAAUUUGGCUAUUAUAUAUAAAAAAGCAAACUUACAGUAUCACCCGAAUAUGCUGCUGUCAGUGUUGGGCUCGUUUGCUUUCUUCACCUACGCAAGCUUAACAGAUGUCGUUAGUUGGUAAGCUUUCAAUCUGUGUAUUUUUUCUGAUUCUGUAUAGGUAUUUAUGAAGUACCUUCAUGUUCAACUUGGUUUUUCUAAUUGUGUUUUUAGCUUCCUGGUUUGUAACGAAAAUAAGCAUUGCAGCCCAAUUGUCAUGAUAAUCGGACCGACAUGGGAAAAUAUCCGACAAGUAAUCACCCAAUCAGAGUGUGUGUAGCGUUGCACCCAUAUAAUAAAAGAAUAUAAUCCAUCGGAGACUGAAGAGCUGACAUCCGCAUCAUUAAAAUCCACAGCUCCUCUUGGAUCCUCUGGGAGUUCCACAUG